AUCCAGCUGUGUCCCUGAUCUUCACUUGAGCCAUACUCUCUAAGACGACACAAUAUUACUCAGCCACUUACAUUCCCACAAACCGGAAAGGGCGCCAGUCGCAGGGUGCUGUUUGUCCCUCAGCAGCCACCGUGGAGCCGCAGCAGAGGUCCCCAGACAGCAGCAGUGAGGAGUGCACAGUGCUGGAGGCGCUGCCCAACAAGAUGGCACUGCCCACCUGCACACAGCACCAGGGCAAGGAGGUGGCGCUGUACUGUGUGGCGUGUGCCGGGGCCGUGUGUGAGGACUGUGUUACUGGCGACCACGCUGGCCAUCCCACAGAGCCCCUCACUGCCGCCGUGGAGAAGCUCCGCCUCACGCUGCAGGAGAGAGUGGCAGCCGCCACAAACAGAUUACCACAGAUGGCAGAGGCCCGGCAGUCGCUGAGAGACAUCCUGCAGCAGCUGACCGGUCAGAGGAGUUCCAUCGAAGAGGACAUCCACUCCACCUUCACCGAUCUCCACAAGACCCUGGACGUGCGCAAGAGCGUGCUGCUGAUGGAGCUGGAGGUCACUUACACCCUCAAGCAGAAGAUCUUGCAGGCCCAGCUGGAUGCUUUGCUCCAGGGUGAGGAGAGCAUUAGCAGCCGCUGCAGCCUGACGGCGGAGGCCCUGGACGGGGGUAGUGACGCGGCCGUGCUCCUGGCCCACCGCGGGCAGGCGGAGAAGCUGAGCGAUCUGGCCAGCCAGGGCCUGCCCCUGCAGCCCGAGGAGAACGACCAGCUGGACCUGUACAUAGAGUCGGAGGAGCUGAAGAAGUCUAUCCACAACCUGGGGACCAUCGUCACCACCAACGCCGUGGCCUGCCAGUCCGAGGUGUCUGGUGAGGGCCUGGAGCAGUGCGCUAUAGGUAUCCCCACCUCCGUCACCAUAGUAACCCGGGACAAAGCCGGGGGGCUGUGCAGGGCCGGAAACGCGGUCGUCUCCGCUGAGGUGUACACGCCGGAUGGAAGCAUCGCUGACGGGGAGAUCCUGGACAAUAAGAACGGGACGUACGAUUUCUUGUACACCAUCCAGAAAGAGGGGAACUUCAGCCUGGCUGUUAGACUCUACGACCAACACAUCAAGGGGAGCCCCUUCCGACUACGGAUGACCAGCUCCCCCGAGGAUUCGCAGAUCCUCUCCACCCCCUCCUCGGCUGCCAAUGCCGGCUCCUCUGGGUCCUCUGGCGGCGCAAAGAGGCGCGGUGCCAAGUCACCCGGGUCGGGGAGCCGGAGUCGGCAGAGAGGGGUGCGGCAGGCUGGAAGCAUGUUAAGCACCCCUAAAAAGAAGGCUAACCCCAUAGAGGAUGACCUCAUUUUCAAAAUAGGGACAAAAGGAAGAAACAAAGGAGAGUUCACCAACCUGCAAGGAGUGGGCGCCUCUGCCACGGGAACCAUCCUCAUCGCAGACAGUAAUAACCAAUGCGUGCAGGUAUUUUCCAACGAAGGGGUGUUCCAAAAUCGCUUUGGGGUACGAGGACGGUCGCCAGGCCAACUGCAGCGCCCAACAGGAGUGGCGGUUCAUCCCAAUGGUGACAUCAUCAUUGCUGACUAUGACAACAAGUGGGUCAGCAUCUUCUCCAGUGACGGAAAAUACAAAGGUAAGCUGGGCUCCGGGAGGUUGUUGGGUCCAAAAGGAGUCUCUGUGGACCAUAACGGACACGUGAUCGUGGUGGACAACAAGGCCUGCACCGUCUACAUCUUCCAGACGAGCGGGAAGCUCAUCUCCAAGUUUGGUAGCCGUGGGAAUGGAGAUAAACAGUUUGCAGGACCACACUUUGCUGCAGUGAACAGUAAUAAUGACAUUAUCGUCACGGAUUUCCACAAUCAUUCUGUCAAGGUGUUUAAUACAGACGGAGAGCUGCUGCUGAAGUUUGGCUCAAACGGAGAAGGCAAUGGGCAGUUCAACGCCCCAACUGGCGUAGCAGUAGAUACCCAUGGGAACAUCAUUGUGGCAGACUGGGGAAACAGUAGGAUCCAGGUGUUUGACAGCAGUGGCUCUUUCCUCUCCUACAUAAACACAUCGGCUGACCCCCUGUACGGCCCCCAGGGCCUGGCGCUCACGUCCGACGGGCACGUGGUGGUUGCCGAUUCAGGGAACCACUGCUUUAAGGUGUACCGCUACCUACAGUAAACAACCAGGAAGCGUUUCCACCUGACCAGAUCAAGGUGCAGCAUCCGCAGCCUCUGGCAAACCGGAAAUGUUUCUCAAAAUGGAACUAAAGCAGAAAUCAGCUCCAAAGGAGCUUUUGUUUAGGGGCCUCACACCACUCACUCCAGGCUUCCCGUAAUAAAACGAGAUUUUCGCUGGCUUGUGCCUCCUCUCCCCCUCAGAAAAUAGACAUAGUUUUGCAAAGUGCCCCCCCCCCCUUGCCAAGUACACACCAACCAGAAUGUGACAUCAGAAUGGACAUGUCUGGAAUGACUGUUCAUUUUGUAGUGCAAAAAAAGGGAUGCUUCACUCUCAACCCCUUGCUGAAGUGUUAUGUGUCAAAGAUUUGUAUUUAUGCCUUUGGGUGCCCAGUAGGACAACCCUUAUGGCCCUGGUUUAUUUCACUGGAACAAUCAUGGCAAAGAGAAAAGUGCAAAAGGCAAACAAUAUCCUGUAAUCUGUCCAUGAGAUAGACUGGACUCGAGCAAAAGCCAGGGAAAGCAUCACUGCAGUUCUGCAGUGGCCUCUUGAAGCAUCGUAUACAAGGACAAUAGAGCAUAUGAAAAACCGAGGAUAUUAACUAGUGAUAAUGAAGUAACUAGUGAGUACAGGAACUCCUUAUGCAGCCAGCAAGCACUAGAUCUCCCAGUGUGGGCCAGCUGUUUCCUGUCCAAGGACAUAGAUAAAUGGUUCUGAAAAAAGCUGGUUCCUGUGGAGAAAACACCUAAAGCUUAUAGUAGUUGGCUUCCUCCAAAAUCUCGCUAGAUAAUAUCUUGACCGAAGGAUGUGACCAUUUAGAUGGUCCAAGAUUAACCUACUGCUUGAUCGAGGCAGAGGGUUGAUAUUGACUGGUUAAUUUACUUUUUUUUUUACAAUCAUUUUCACACUUGUCUCAAUACCAUGUCAACUUCUUAAAAAACUUUACAAACACACACCUGAGCACAUCAGUUAACCUUUCGUGCAAAAUGCACUACAACCACCAAAACAGUACUUCACCCAAAAAAGACUGCUGACAUAACUAUAUGAAAUGCUCUCUCACAGCAAGACUACUUUGUCACAAAAAAUACAAUGGACUAAAAGACAGAAAUAAUAAUAUAAUAAUUUAUAAUAAUAAAUAUUAUGUGUUGCCGUAUCCUCUAUUUUUGCAUAGAUUUGUGCUGCAUUGCAAAAAAAAAAAUAUGAAACCUCCUUACAGUGCAUAUAUCUGAAAUGCUGCAAUAUGCUUCAUGACGGCUUUAUGCUACAAUUUCUGUGGAAUACUAUGGUACAACAAAAAGUGUGCAGAUGCUUUUCAUAUCCAGUACAGUGAGUGAAACAACAAUACAACACCACAUGAUAAUACCACAGCACAACAACACAUGAUACUACCACAACAAGGCUGCUGGAGCCCUAAUGCUGACUCAUGGUGACCUCUGUAUUUGGCGUGAGAUUUUUAUGAACUUCACAUUUACUGCAACAUCCUACCUAUCAUUUCCACCCCUACAGGCAGACAUCAUGACACAAGAACAAACUCUUUGUUCUGUUGGCUUGCCUGUCACAACACUGUAGAUACCACUUUCGAGUGUGGUACAUGUAGUUGCAUUCUGGGGUCCGUUUUCAUCAUUGUGAGCCCGUGACUUACAAAGACAGCACUAAUAGUAGAGUAGUAAAUGUCUACAACUACAUCGAUAUUUUGUGUAGAGAUAUGCACAUUUGACCACUUUUGUAUAGAUGGUAACAAAGCUGCAAAAAAAAAAAACAAUACGUUAUCUGCUAAAAUCAGAAUAAUCUUUUGUAUGUCAAAAUACAGCAUAUUUGCAUCACAGUGAUCUAAGUAACUGAAAAGUAACUGUUUUCGAAAGAGCAUCUAAAUUUCUGCAAUAUGUACAUUUACUGUAGUUUUACAGCGUUAUGCUGGUGGUGAACAUUGAUUGAGACAGGUAUCUAUGAAUUUCGGAGAAAGUGGUUAUUGAAUGCAUUUUGUAUCAAAGCAAUGCAAAAGUAUCCAGUUAACAUUACAUUUUUAGUUCAUAGUCUACUGAUAUGAAGAAUAUGUGUUCAGUGUUUAAAAAAAAGUGGACAUGGUAUUAAGACAAGUGUGAAAAUAAUUGUAAAGAAACCUGUAAUAUGAAAAUCUUAAUAUAAAAGACGCAUUAAUCAUAUUAAUCACGACUUGGCCAAUGUGGACAAAUUCAUGAAUAAUCUGCACUUUGUGUUUGCCUAAAAGCUUGCCUAAAGCCAAGAAGUGAACUUGUGGACUGCACUAUGGUUAUGUCCUCUGAAGCCCCUCCGGCUACUAUAAUAUUUCUACAUAGAGAUAUUCUGCUUGUCACUUUGUAAUUAUAAGUCUGCACAGCCUUUAGCUAUUCUUUUUUUUCUAUCAAUAUAGAAGAAUGAUGUCCAUGAAAUACACUAUUUUAGAAUUAGGCUAUAGCUUUUCUAACAGUCGUACAAAAUAACAGCUGUUCAACACAACGUUAGGGGUUCUGCUCAAUAUAGGCCCUUCAUCAUUUUGCGAGUUUCCGUCCCAAAAAGGAAGAGUAAAUUUGUCUAUUUUUAAUAAAUAAUAGUUUGAAAAGUCACUCUAUUCAGAAAUGCCAUUUAGCAGCAUUUUAUUGUCGCUAAGGACUAAAGACCAAGCUUGGGCAUGAUACUGCUUGCCUGUUAGAUGUUAGUUAUCACUGUAUACCAGAGUAAUUUAGAAGCAUGUAUAAUACCACAAAGUUCAAAUCGUGGCAUUACAGCAAAAUAAAAAAAAUUUAAAAAAACAUAACAGCAUCUUUAUCAAUGCACUGAUUUAUUCACUUCAAAUGUAUGUUUUUUGUUUUUUUCGAGCAAACUUCCUAUAACUUGUUCUGUUCCACAUUGUAAUGUUUACAUUUAUGAAGCUCAUAUUAUUUAUCGUAUGGUACUGGAAGAAUGUAUAUUUAUUUCAGAUUUAAGUGUUUUUCUAUACAGUAUUAUUUAUAAAUCAUUAUUUUCAGUCAUGAAUGUUAUUUUUUAUAGACCAUGAGGAUUUGUGAUUACGUUGGAAGAAGAUUGUGUAGACCUGUGUUACAACAGAAUGUUCAUCGUUCAUGCCUCAAUUUCAGCCUUAACAUAAGUUUGUUUCAAAUGUAAUUAUUUUAUCCAUUGAUAAUCAGUGCUGGUUAAUUCAACAUGUGACUGACUUUACAGGAAUCCUUUUUGAUCAUAACACGUCUACCUUCACUCCGAUGUAAGAUUGUUUCCAUACAGUACAAACUUGUUCAGUACAGUUCACUCUUCACUGCUAAUGUACAACACAUCAAUAAAGGACUGAGUAGAUCA